AAUCAACUCCGAAAAGCGGAGCACUGUUUGGAGCUGUGGGAGAAGAGCAUACCUGUUGUGUUGUGAAUUCCAAACGUACAAGCUGGCCACGUAAACAACAGAGAGAACGAGACACGAGCUGAUCGCGGAAAUACAUGCCGAACGAUAGUCACUAUAGAGACGUGGAAAGGAGAGAGAGAAACAGAAAAAAAAUUGAUAAAUCCGACCGGUCAUCCUUAAAAUAAAACCCCGCCUGCGCAGAUGAACGUGAAUGGGGCCCGGUGAUGACUGGCUACGUACCUGAUGCAUGUGGAACGAGGACAAGUUAACUAUCGAGAAAGGAAGCGCAAGUGAGACAGAAGCGACGGAAAAUAUCACCGCAUACACCCAAUUGGCGCUGCGAUCGCUCACUUUCUGCCGUCAAUGACAAAAUGGCUGCCGUGCUCAGUGGAAGUGUCGCCAUUGUUUAGUGUUUAGUUGAGUUUUAUCUGGUUUUUCUUCUAAUUUUACACGCAACCUGGGGGCUCACGACGCCAAUAUGCCAAGCGCCUCGUUUUCUGGGCGCGGCUACGUCCGUCGUUCGCGAAGAAAAGGUGCAAAUAGGAUUCCUUUACCAUCGAGAGCUUCUGACGAGGCGUACGAUUUGCCAUGCCCGGCAUCGAAUCAAAUUGCACUAGGAGGCGGUGGCGGUGUCAGCGGUGGAAGCGGAGGUCGAGGACCUUUUCCGAGUACUUCAGGGGUCGCAGCGCCUUCGUCGUCGCACUCCUCGCCAUAUGACCUCAGACGAAAAAGUCCCCCUCAUCCGGAUCCGGCACCCGGAACCAGCUCUGCAUUACCUCCAGCAGGCGGCAGCAGUUACGCCGCCGCCAUAUUUGUCUCAUCCUCUCUUCCGGCGAGAAAACGACCCCGGCGAGCAUGUUCAUUAUCCAUCGAUGGCACAUACACACACACGGCAGCCCAUUAUCUCCAGUACGAAUUACCGGACGAGGUUCUGUUGACAAUAUUUAAUUAUUUCAUGGAACAGGACCUGUGUCGAGUGGCACAAGUUUGUAAACGAUUUCAAGUAAUUGCAAACGACACCGAACUAUGGAAGUCAUUAUAUCAACAAAUUUACGAAUACGAUAUUCCACUAUUCAAUCCGGAGCCGUGUAAAUUUGAAUUCAUCUCGCCCGAUGAGUCGGACUACGCGAAUCCCUGGAAGGAGAGCUUUCGACAACUCUAUCGUGGCGUUCACGUCAGGCCCGGCUUUCAAAAUCAUCGAAGCAAAUUCAAAAAUCUUCCUUACUUCAACACAAUACAAAGUGCGAUUGAUCAUGCCGAUGAAUAUCGAAGUAAUAGCAGUAGCAGUAGUUCGUCGUCGAGUAGUAGUAGCACGUCGAGUUCAAGCAGUUCUGGAAAUUGUUGCGGCAAUACACAAACAACGGAGGACACUUAUCAGCAUUUAGUAUUUUUACACGCCGGCACUUAUCGCGGUGAAUUUUUGGUCAUUGAUCACGAUGUGGCGUUGGUUGGUUCGGCGCCUGGAAAUGUUGCCGAGUCCGUUAUACUCGAGCGUGAAAGCGAAUCAACAGUGAUGUUCAUUGAGGGAGCGAAGAAAGCGUACGUUGGACAUCUUACACUUAAAUUUACUCCCGAUGUUGCGAGUACAGUGCCACAUCAUAAACAUUAUUGUCUCGAGGUCGGCGAGAAUUGUAGUCCGACCAUUGAUCAUUGCAUUAUUCGCAGUUCCAGUGUUGUUGGUGCGGCGGUCUGCGUCUCCGGAGUCGGUGCAAAUCCAGUGAUUAGAAAUUGCGAUAUCUCGGAUUGCGAGAACGUCGGUCUGUAUGUGACAGAUUACGCUCAAGGUACAUAUGAGGACAAUGAAAUUUCGCGUAAUGCCCUAGCGGGUAUUUGGGUGAAGAAUUACGCGAAUCCAAUAAUGCGACGUAAUCAUAUUCAUCAUGGUCGUGACGUUGGUAUAUUCACGUUUGACAAUGGUCUCGGUUAUUUUGAAUCAAAUGACAUUCACAAUAAUCGUAUCGCUGGUUUUGAAGUGAAAGCAGGCGCAAAUCCAACAGUUGUACAUUGCGAAAUUCAUCAUGGACAAACUGGCGGUAUUUAUGUGCACGAGAAUGGAUUGGGACAAUUUAUCGAUAAUAAAAUUCAUUCGAAUAAUUUUGCCGGCGUUUGGAUUACGUCAAAUUCAAAUCCAACGAUUCGACGUAAUGAAAUUUAUAAUGGACAUCAGGGUGGUGUUUAUAUAUUCGGCGAGGGCAGAGGUUUAAUAGAGCACAAUGACAUUUACGGAAACGCACUGGCGGGAAUUCAAAUUCGAACGAAUUCGGACCCGAUUGUUCGACACAAUAAAAUUCACCAUGGCCAGCAUGGUGGCAUCUAUGUUCAUGAAAAAGGACAAGGAUUGAUUGAAGAGAAUGAAGUUUUUGCCAAUACAUUGGCCGGCGUAUGGAUUACGACCGGAUCAACGCCAAUUUUACGACGUAAUCGUAUUCACAGUGGUAAACAGGUUGGCGUUUAUUUUUACGAUAAUGGCCAUGGAAAGCUCGAGGAUAACGACAUCUUCAAUCAUCUUUAUUCGGGCGUUCAAAUCAGAACCGGAAGUAAUCCUGUGAUUAGAGGAAAUAAAAUCUGGGGUGGUCAGAAUGGCGGUGUUUUGGUUUACAACAGCGGAUUGGGAUUGUUGGAACAAAAUGAAAUUUUCGACAAUGCAAUGGCCGGCGUUUGGAUCAAAACCGACAGUAAUCCCACCUUGAAGAGGAAUAAAAUUUUCGAUGGUCGAGACGGUGGAAUUUGUAUAUUUAAUGGAGGCAAAGGGAUGCUGGAGGAAAACGAUAUAUUUAGAAACGCACAGGCGGGCGUUCUUAUAUCGACGCAGUCACAUCCGGUGCUGAGAAGAAAUAGAAUUUUCGAUGGACUCGCGGCCGGAGUCGAAGUCACGAAUAAUGCGACUGCCACUUUAGAAUUUAAUCAUAUUUUCAAUAAUCGAUUUGGCGGCCUUUGCCUCGCUAGUGGCGUUCAACCUGCAAGGAGGGGUAACAAAAUAUUUAAUAAUCAAGAUGCAGUGGAAAAAGCGGUGGCCAACAGUCAAUGUCUCUACAAAAUUUCCUCGUAUACCUCGUUUCCAAUGCACGAUUUUUAUCGAUGCAGAACUUGUAACACCACCGAUCGAAACGCAAUUUGCGUUAAUUGUAUAAAAGUUUGUCAUGCCGGACACGAUGUAGAAUUUAUUCGACAUGAUCGAUUCUUUUGCGACUGCGGAGCCGGUACAUUGAGUAAUCAGUGUCAACUUCAGGGCGAGCCAACACAAGACACUGACACUCUUUACGAUAGUGCAGCUCCAAUAGAAUCUCACACACUCAUGGUCAACUAGGAUCUAACAUAAAUUUUUUAAUCUUAAAAAAACGAAUCAAAUGACCACAUCAUCCUCCCCAAAUUCAUCCGUAAGUCCAUUAUCAUUUUUUUUCUCCAUUUAUUUGAAAGAAAUAGAACUUAUCAAUUUCCAAUUAAUUGUCUAUAUAAUCCCUCAGAAAAUUGCAGAGUUCUUUGUUACUUUAUCGAUUAUUCGAUAAAAAUUCUAGAACAAUUUUUUUUAAUCUCAUAUUAUAUUUGUGUAUAUUUAUAUUAUUUUUCCGCGCGAAAAAAACAAUUUAUUACAUUAAUUUU